UUCACAAGCUCCGCCUUAAUUUAAUGUAUUUUGAGAUCAAUUUUAGGACUCCUGGGAGGCUUCAUACAUCACAUAUGUCAGCAUGGAGUCAUCUGUGUCCUCUGCCUGGUCUAGGAAUGUUCUCAUCCUUUUUUAUCUCCUUAUGUUUCUACAGGUCAUGGAAAAAGAAGAAUACAACAUCUCAGCGGACUAUUACUCCUUGGGGGUGAUAUUGUAUGAGAUGGCCAACAGCCCGGGUCGCUUCAGAAAGAUCAAGGAAAACCAGAGUGAAAGUUUGUUAACGACAGUCCUCUGGGAGUUGGAAACCGCUCAUGACCGUUACAUCCGUGAACUCGUAGCUUUGCUCUUAUGGGAAAACAUUGAUAUACGGACAUACCUGGUACGUGACAUCAGACGGCACACAUUUUUCGAGUGGACUAAAUGGGACGAGGUGGAGAAAGGAGAGUCACCCCCAGCAAUUAUAAAAAAACCGGUAAGUAUAUGAAUAAUGGAAGGGUCCAUGUAUGUGCAGCAUCUAAGAAGUAUUUUUGUACAGAAUUCUCCCAUUUGUGAUUUUGUGGUUCCUGCACAAUCACAUGGUCUGGGGACUUUUUGAAGGAAUUCUGUUUAUUAUUGGUAAUAAUUAUUGUUUAUGUGUCAGGUGCACAACUUAGGCCUGCUUUAUUCUGGAGA